ACCCAGGACCCCAGGGGCUGCGGUGAGGGGCGGCGCGAGGGGUCCCCUCCCUCCGGCCCCCGCUUCCCCGCCGGCACCGCCCCCUCCCUGGUUCCGAGGCCGCGAGUCGGCCAGCGCGCAUGCCCGGGGCGGGGCGCGGGGCGGCAGCGCGGAGCCGGCGCGGGGGACGACGGCGCUGAGUCCGCGGGUCCGCCCGCCAGCCCCGCCGGAGGCAGCCGAGGCCGCUCGGGUGGCAGCAGCGGCGCAGCGGCGGCAGCAGGAGCCGGAGCGCAGCGCGCGGAGGAGCCAGAGCGACUGCACGGCCGGAACCAGACAGCAGCCUGGGGCCCAAGCAUGGUCAGGAGGGCCGUUGGGCAGUGCUGAAGACCCAGCCUGGCUCCAGCUGCUUCGAAAGGACUCCAGCCCCCCAGGACCCCAGCCCACAGCCCUCUGCUGCCCACAGGAUGGGAGCCUGGGCGCUAGGAGCCUGGCCAUGAGGGACUGCUGCCCCUCCCAGAAAAAGGCCAGCCCUGCACCCCCCAGGCACACCCCUGCCCAAAGCCCAGGAAUGGACUCUAGACACAGCAGCCCCAGUGGAGCUGGGGAUGGGGCCUCCUGCUCUGAGGGCCCUGGCGGGAGCUUGGCCUACCCCUCCCUGACCUGCAUCCCUUCCCAAGAGGCAUUGGGGGCACAUGGAGCCUCGAUCUCAGGGACACCAGAAACCACCUUCUCUGGGAGGCCAGAGCCUGUGUCCUCAGUGAAAACUGAUCCCUCAUCCUCGGAGAACAGAAAUCCUGUGGAGAAAAUGGAUUCCAAGUCUUCAAAGCAGGCAGAUUCCACUUCCAUAGAAAAGGAAGGUGCUGGGUCCUUGAGAAAGGCAGAUCCCACCUUUAUAGGAAAGACAGAGCCUACAGUCUCAGGAAAGGGGCAUCCUGUGGCUUCUGGAAGGAUGGAUCCUGUGAGCUCAAGAAAGGAAGAUAGUGGAUCCUUGGUAAAGGUAGAGCCUACGUGCUCUGGCAAGGUGGAUACAGUGUCCCCAAGGAAGGAGGAUCCUGGAUCCUCGGCCAAAGUGGAUCCUGCAUUUCCAAACGAGGAGGAGCUUCCUCUGUCCUCAGAAGAGGUGGGUCCUGCAUCUCCCAGAAAGGCAGAUCUUGUGUCCCUGGGAAAGAGAGAUCCUGGGCCCUCAGGAAAGGUGGAUUCCAUGUCCUUGGAAAACAUGGAUUCUGCAUCUGCAGGAAAGACAGAUCCCAGGUCCUUAGGAACACUGACUCCAGGCUUAUCAGGCAAAACAGAGCCUGUAUCCUCUGGAACAGUGGCUCUGGGGUUAUCAGGAAGGGUGGAUCCUACAUGGCUGGAGAUGACAGAUCUUGCAUCCAUGGGAAAUGCAGAAACUGUGUCCUCUGCAAAAGAGCACGCUCAGUUCCUGGGGAAGAUAGAUCCUGCCUCCUCAGGAAAGGGAGAUCCUGUGUCUAUGAGAAUGAUAAGAACUGUGUCUGCUGGACACGUGGAUCCUGUGUUUUCAGGAAAGAUGGAUCCCACAUCUUUGAAAAAUGUGGAUCCCAUGUCUUCAGACAGGGUGGGUCCAGUCCCUUUGGGAAAGGUAGAUGCUGUGUCCUCAGGAAAGCCAGAGCCCUUGUCUCCUGGGCAGGCAGAACCGGCGUCUAUGGGCAAGACAGAAACUGUAUCCUCAGGAAAGGAGGACCCGGUGUCCUCCAGAAAGGUGGAUCCCAUUUCUGUGAGAAACGCAAAAACAUCAUCUUCUGGAAAAGUGAAUCCUGAAUCUUCAGGAAAGAUAGACCCUGUGCCCUCAGGUCCAGGGAAUCCCGAGUUCUUGGGGACAGUGGGACUCUCCUCCUCUGUAAAACCUGAGGCAGUGCCUGGGGGGAAAGCAGAUCCGCUCUCCCUGGAGAAGGCAGGUCCUGUGGCCUCUGGAAAGGUGGGUCCCACAGCCUCAGGGAAGGCUGAUCUGGCCACCUUGAGCAAGGAGGAUCCUGUGAGCAGGGAGAAGGCAGAAAUUGUUCCCCCUGGAGAAGUGGACUCCGUGUCUUCAGGAAAGCUGGCCCCUGUGACCCUAGGAAAAACAGUCCUGGCAUCCUGGGGAACAGCAGAAGCUGUCCCUGAGGGAAAGGUGGAUCCUCUGCCUCUAGAGAAGGGGAAUCCUAUGAACUCCACAAAGGUGGAUCCCAGGGCAUCAAGGAAAGCAGAACCCAAGCCUGAGGGCAGAGCCGAAACAAAGCCCCCUGGGCAGGAGGAUCCUGCUUCAUCAGAAAAAGCAGAGGCUGCAUAUCUGCAGAAGCCACUGGCCUUGGACAAGGGGGAUCCUCGAUCAUCAGGAAAAGCAGACCCUGUUGCCUCUGGGAAGGUGGAGCCUGUGGCCCUGGGGAAGGCCGACUCUGCCCCUCCGAGAAAAGCAGAGCCCACACCCUCGGGGAAGGUAGCCCCCCUGACUCUGGAGGAGACGGAGGCCCCCUCCAUCAGGCAGUCAGAUGGUAAACCCUGCGGCUCAGCCGCCUCUCCCGCGGGUGCUGGGAGUGGCGGGGGCCGCGUGGAGCCAGCGUACAGCAAGGAGGCCCCUAGCCUCGGCCAGAAAGCCCCGGCGGCCUCUGGGGCCGGGAGAAGCCCUGGCCCCGAGGCUGCAGCGCCCCCGCCAGGGCCGCGGACUCGCGACAACUUCACUAAGGCGCCGUCGUGGGAGGCGAGCGCCCCGCCGCCGCGCGAGGACGCGGGCACACAGGCGGGCGCGCAGGCCUGCGUGUCGGUGGCCGUGAGCCCCAUGUCUCCGCAGGACGGCGCGAGUGGCCCGGCCUUCAGCUUUCAGGCGGCGCCGCGCGCGCCCAGCCCGGCGCCCAGGCCGCCCUCGCGCCGUGAUGCGGGCCUGCAGGUGUCGCUGGGCGCCGCCGAGACGCGCUCCGUGGCCACCGGGCCCAUGACGCCGCAGGCCGCAGCGCCGCCCCCCGCGCCGCCCGCCUUCCCCGAAGUGCGUGUGCGGCCCGGCUCCGCGCUGGCGGCCGCCGCGGCGCCCCCGGAGGCGGCCGAGCCCGUGCGCGACGUGAGCUGGGACGAAAAGGGCAUGACGUGGGAGGUGUACGGCGCCGCCAUGGAGGUGGAGGUGCUGGGCAUGGCCAUCCAGAAGCAUCUGGAGCGACAGAUAGAGGAGCACGGCCGCCAAGGGGCGCCCGUGCCGCCGCCCGCCGCGCGCCCGGGCCCGGGUCGUGCGGGCUCAGUGCGCGCCGCGCCCCCCGAGAGCGCGGCCAAGCGCCCGCCCGGCCUCUUCCGCGCGCUGCUGCAGAGCGUGCGCCGACCGCGGUGCUGCUCGCGGGCCGGCCCCACGGCCGAGUGAGCUGCUCCCCUUUUGUACGCCGCGUUUCCAACCUUCUCAGGCUCCCUCCUUGAUCCCGGGCUCCUAGAAGGGAUUCCUUCCACGCGCGACAGGCCUCCGAGGGGUGGGCAGCCUCUAGGGCCUUCUCAUCCCCUUCUUUUCAGCCCCCGUUUUCCAAAUACACAAAUGAACCCCCUCUACCCAGCUCCCUCGUGGUCAUGAGCCCACGAACCCAGCCCUGGCACCCCACUGUCCCCUCACAGCCCUCAGCUCCACCCCCUGCCAGUCACACCGGGUGACCUCGGAGACCUGCUCAGCACCCCCACCCCCAGCCAUGAGAGCUGAGGCAGGCUCCCAAGAGGUCCAGACUGGCGUGCGGGGACUCCAGUGGCAGCCAGGUCCCGAGAACGGGAGAGACUGUACAAAAGCUCCGAGUGUGCAAGGAUUGGUGUGUGAGACCCCUGAGUGUGCAAGCCUCUGAAUGUGAGGCCUUGGGCGUGUGUGAGUGCAUGUCCAUGUGGCGGGCUGGCCCCUGUGGCCCAGGCAUCUCUUGCAUGCUGGUAGUCGUCCCCAAUUCCUGUCUCCCAUCACCUGGCCCCACCUCCAGCCCUAUCUCCGCCCUCACUGGCCGCUGGUUCCCAAUCCCCAGACAGGGAGGGCAGCUGCGGGAGUCGCCUGGGGGGCAGCUGAAAGGAGAGGUCCAGAAAGGUCAGAGGCUCACAGAAGGUCUUGGGCCCAAGCAGGCUGGGUGACAGCUGGUCGUGGGUGGUGGGGCAGGACUGAGAGCCCAUUCACAACACAGUUGUCCUUUAAAAGCCAGCCUCUCCAGCCCCUCGUCCCCUGUGUGCUGUGAGCCCCACAAGUUCCUUGUGACCACUCAGUACCCCUGUCCCAUGUCCCCGCCCUUCCAGCCACAGUUUUUGGCUACAAACUGUCACAAUAUACAUUGAUAAUAAAAUUUU